AUGCCUCCGGCAGUUUUCAAAGGGUCAAUUCGUAAAGAUGCCAAUGAACAAGAAAAGGAGUGGCACCUGGGAAUGUUUGCGGAUCAAUACCUGCCCACCCUGCGCGGGUUUGAGUCCCACUAUGGGUACUACCAGGGCUGUAAGGACUACUUUGAUCACACUUACGCGGCAGAGCCUGAAUACUGGGGUCUGGACUGGCGCAGGAAUCUGAUCCUUCUACGCAACGAGAUCAACCUCUACUCCAGCGAUCUCUUUGCACAGGAAGCAGUCAACAUCAUCAACAAGCACAACACUUCAGAACCCCAGUUUCUGUACCUUCCUCAUCAAGCCGUUCACAGCGGUAACACAGAGGGUGAUCCACUACAGGCUCCUCAACACUUUGUAGACCAGUUCCCACAUAGUUAUUUAUACCACCGAAGACUGUUUGCAGAAAUGCUGGCUGCAUUUGAUGAUGCAGUUGGGGCUGUUGUGAACACUCUGAAGGCUAGAGGGAUGUACGACAAUACUGUCAUAGUGUUCACAACCGACAAUGGUGGUCCCUCCAAUGGAUUUGAUGCAAAUGCAGCUAACAAUUUCCCUUUAAGGGGAGUGAAGGCGACCCAGUGGGAGGGCGGGGUUCGAGGCGUUGGUUUUAUUGCCUCUCCCUUGCUUAACCAGACUGGUUAUGUCUCCAAUCACAUGCUGCACGUCUGCGACUGGUUGCCCACCCUGUACGAGGCUGCCGGUGGAGACCCUACCAAGAUGUCCAACCUAGACGGUUCCAGCGAAUGGCAGUCACUGAGCCACAACCAGCACGGAAACCGACAAGAGAUUCUCCAUAACAUUGACCCAAGCGGGACAGGUCAGAUGGAUCUGAGGGUUGGGGACUACAAGAUUGUGGUGGGCGAUAUCGGGAUGGCCUGGAGUGAUUGGUAUCCUCCCUAG